CUGCCGGGUGAUGAGGAUCAACAGCGGGGAGGUUCCGCCGGGGACGGUGACGGCGAGGCCGGAGUCUCCGCUGUGUCCCGACUCCCCCUGAUGAGCUGUGAGUUUCUUGGUCUCCGAGUCUCUGCGUCUUGCGGCUUUGUGAGUCCCGCAGUUUCGAGUCUCUUGGCGUCUGGGUCCCUGAGCCUUGGGCCCCCGGCGGCUCUCCGAGUCCCCGAGUCUUAAGGGCGCCGGGUGCUGGGGCCGAGCGUUCACGCCGUGGCUGGCGAUGUCGCGCUCCGCGUGGUGGGGUGAGCGGCACCGCGCCGAGCUGGACGCGCUCUUUUUCCCGCGCGGGGCUCUGAGCGGCCUCCCCGAGCCCGGCUCCGCGCGCCACUCCGACUUUUGGCUCUUCCUGGGCCGCUUCCAGGCGCGGCAGGCGAAGCAGGGUCCCCAGGCCGGGCCCGGCUCAGUGACCACGGGUGGCGCGCUGGGUCUCCCCGCCGUCUACGACCGACAACACCGCAUCAACGUGACGCUCGCCGUGCCCGAACUCGCGGAGCGGCUGGCGAGGCCAGCUCAUCGGGGAGGCGGGGACCCGGGUGGGGAGAAGCGCGGUGGCAGGGGCGAGAGGGGAGACCGGGGUGAGAUUGAAGAAAGGAGAUACAGGGGUGAGAGGGGAGAUGGAAGUAACAGGGGAGAGAGGAGCGAGAGAGAUGUCAGGGGUGAGCGGGGAGAGCGGCGCCGGUCCGGACGCUGGGACCAGCGACCUCCAGGCGAGGGGGGUCAGGAGGAGGAGGAGGAUGGCCUGACCCCGGCACGUCUGCGCGAGUUCCAGGCCGUGCUGCUACACUACGUGGACUUCUGCCAGAAGCAGCAGAUGAGCCGCCUGGCCAAGCUGCGGCGGGAUCAGAGGAACCUGCCCAUCCACGAGUACAGGGACCAGCUGGUGGAGCUUGUGCGCGCCCACCAGGUGGUGGUGGUGGCGGGGGACACGGGCUGCGGCAAGUCCACGCAGGUGCCCCAGUAUCUGCUCUCGGCAGGUAUGAGCCGCGUGGCGUGCACGCAGCCGCGCCGCAUCGCCUGCAUGUCCCUCGCCAAGCGCGUCUCCUACGAGAGCCUGGGCGAGCACGGCUCCCAGAUCGGGUACCAGAUCCGCUUCGAGACGUCCAAGACGGCCGCCACCAAGGUGCUUUUCCUCACCGAGGGCCUCCUGCUGCGCCAGAUGCAGACGGAGGGCUUCAUGUCGCGCUACGACGUGCUCAUCCUGGACGAGGUUCACGAGCGCCACCUGCACUGCGACCUCCUGCUCGGCGUGCUGCGGGAGCUGCUGCCCCUGCGAGACGACCUCCGCCUCGUGCUCAUGUCGGCCACCAUCAACAUCCAGCUCUUCUCGCGCUACCUGGGCGACGCGCCCGUGCUGCAGGUGCCGGGCAGGCUCUACCCGAUCCAGGUCAUCUACCGGCCCGUCCCCGAGGAGGAGAAGACGGGCAAGUCGGAGAGGAUCGACCCGCGGCCCUACCUGCGCAUCAUGCAGAGCAUUGACCACAAGUACCCGGCCGACGAGCGCGGCGACCUGCUCGUCUUCCUCAGCGGCAUGGCGGACAUUGCCCGCGUGGCGGAGGCGGCGCAGAGCUACGCGGUGGAGACGAAGCGGUGGAUCGUGCUGCAGCUGCACUCCACGCUGUCCGCGGAGCAGCAGGACAAGGUGUUCGACCUGGCCCCGGAAGGCGUGAGGAAGUGCAUCGUGUCCACCAACAUCGCCGAGACGUCCGUCACUAUCGACGGAGUGCGCUUCAUCGUGGACUCGGGCAAGGUGAAGGAGAUGAGCUACGACCCCAAGGCUAAGAUGCAGCGGCUGCAGGAGUUCUGGAUCAGCCGCGCGAGCGCGGAGCAACGCAAGGGCCGUGCGGGGCGCACGGGGCCCGGGGUUUGCUUCCGCCUGUACGCCGAGUCGGAGUACGACGCCCUGGAGCCGUAUGCCGUGCCCGAGGUCCAGCGCGUGCCACUUGACUCGGUGGUGCUGCAGAUGAAGAGCAUGGGGCUGGGAGACCCACGCUUGUUUGGGUUCCUGGAGCCACCCCCGGCUUCCAGCCUGGAGACGUCCAUGCAGUUCCUGCAGGAGCAGGGAGCACUGGACGAGCAGGAGGAGCUCACGCCGAUCGGGCGCGUCCUGGCCACGCUCCCACUGGACGUGCUCACGGGGAAAAUGCUGCUCGUGGGCUGCGUGCUGGGUGCGGUGGAGCCGGUGCUCACCAUUGCGGCCGCCAUGAGUGUGCAGUCGCCCUUCCACCGCAACGCCCACACGAACCCCGACUGCUCCCGCGCACGCCGCUCGCUUGAGAGCGACCACGGCGACCCGCUCACCCUGCUCAAUGUGUUCAACGAAUGGGUGCAGGUGAAGUCGGGCGGUCAGGUGCCAUCACGCAAGUGGUGCAAGAGGCACGGACUGGAGGAACAGCGCCUCUACGAGAUCGCCAACCUGCAGCGCCAGUUCAAGGAGCUGCUGGUGCAGUUCGGGCUGCUGGGUGGCGGGGAGGAGCCCGUGCGGGACAGCGUGCAGCGGGUGCGGCAGCAUGGGGAGCGGCGCCGCCUGCACCAGCUGCGGCGUGAGCACGAGCAGCGCGGCCCCCAGAAGCGCAAGCUGCUGCGGCUGCAGGACGGGGGCCUCGAAGAGGAUGACGGCGGCGAUGACGGGGAAGACGACGGCGCCAGCGGCUCCAGCAAAACCAUCGACAUCCAGGACGUCAAGUUCAAGCUGCGCCACGACGUGGGCCGCCUGCACGCGUCCUCGCAGAGCUCGCGGGGGCUGUCACGGCGCCAGCUGAGCGUGCUGAAGAUGGUGCUGUGCAGUGGCCUGUACCCCCAGCUGGCAAUCCCCGAUGAGUGCAACGCUGCCAGGAAGGACUCGGAUCAGGUGUUCCACACGAGGAGCAAGCCGUUCGUCGUGCUGCACCCCACCGCGGUGUUCGCCAACAGCCCCGAGCUGCUGGCCCCACCCGAGGAGCGCGAGGACACGCGUCCCGUGACGGCGGCGCCACGGAAGUCCGGGCAGAGCCACCGGCACCAGCUGCUGGCGUACGCCUCGCUGCUGGAGACGACCAAACCCUACCUGGUGAACAGCAUGCGCGUGCCGGCGCUGCAGGCCCUUCUGCUGUUCGCGCGCUCGCUGGACACGAGCGCCGACUGCCGGCGCGUGGUGGCCGACGGCUGGCUGGAGCUGUCGCUGGGGGACGCCGAGCAGGCGCAGCAGGUGCUGUGGGCCGCAGUGCAGCAGCGCGAAUCCUGGGAGCGGCUGCUGCGCUCACACCUGCUGAGCGGGGGCGCCGUGGCGACGCGCGGGGUGCAGCUGGGCCCCAGGCUUGAGCCUCAGGCCCAGGCUCGGCUCAAAGAGACGCUCACUGAGCAGCUGGCGGAGUUCCUCGAAUCCAAGGUGGAAUACACUAUGCGCCGGCUGGGUGGGCUGGAGAUGAAGACGCUGUACGUGGGGCCAAGCGAGGCCGUGAACGCAGAGCCCGAUGGGCCGGGCCUCUUCCCCAUGGCCCAGAGUCGGCCCCACGCCACCAAGGGCGGUGUCGCCGUCAACUCCUACCUCACCUACGGCUGCCUCCUGCGUGACGACAUUUGGCCGCAGGAGGGUUCGGACAGCAUGUACGGCGAGUGUCUGCGAGUCUUCUGGACGUGUCCGCGCUGCGAGCUGCACAUGCCGCUGACGCCGCUCGAGAGGCUGCAACACAGCGACGCGUGCAGCCGGGGGGCGGAGCAGCAGGAGGGUGCGAGCGCAGCCGCCACUUCCCAGGGCCCCGGGUGCACGGGGACAAUGCCCGCACGCCUGCAGCAGCUCUACCACUGCGACGAGUGUGGGCAGGACCUGCAGCUCGCCCCCACGGAGAUCCUCAAGCACAAGAGGAGCCACAAGGAUGGCAGCGGACACAGCACCUAGAGCUCGGGCCGCGAACGCCCAUCCGGUCAAAUGUGCGGAGGCGGCUCGUGAUUCCACGCCAGGAUAGGGAAAGCAACUGCAACAUCCAGAACAGAAUGUGGCCAAACCUCGACUGUCGCCAGAGUUGUCGAGAAGUAAGAGGAACGCUGUUGUCAGCCUGGUUUUUAUUUAUUAUGAAAAGUCAUUUUUUUAUACAAAUGCAGCUGUGUAUAUAGAUGUGAACCUCGCAUGUGAAAGACUGAUAAAAGAAACAUCUGUGAUAAGAAGCCGUGCAUCUCGUAGUCGUCGCGGUAACCUCGUGGUGUCACCACUGUAUGCACGCCGAACUUGUCACACGGUAUGCAACUAACCACGCUGAGGUGAGGGUAUCAGGCUCUUGGCCUGGGGAAAAGGUUCUUGCCGGGGGAGUUCAUGCCUUACCUAAUUGUGGAACAAUCAACCUCCACACAAUCGCCAUGUUAAGCAACACUCUUAUAGCACGUGACAAUUCAACUUGCUUGGCUAUGUCAGGUGGUGGAGGGGUUUCAUGACAAAAAUUUUGCCAGAUCAUUGUGGCCUAAGCCAAAAAUCUAUUCUGGAUUGUGAUAUUGGCUGCGAAACCCCACGUGUUAAGUAGAUGAAGCCUGUUUUGUACUACUGCUGCCUUGUUCACUGAGCACAGAGCUGGUAACGCUAGAUCAUACGGACAGAUGCUGGUUUGCAAGCGUCUGGCUUCUUGCUCUGACGAAAAAAUCAAUAACGCAAUCAUAGCACACGCAUCACAAGCUUUCCCGAGUUGCCACCUUUCUCCGUGCCUCCCUCCGCCUGAGGGCACCGCUGCGUCUCUCGGUGGCCCGAGCAUACCGUUGAACCCCCGCAGCCUGGCGACGCCGGAGAUGGAUAUUGCGAUCGUUAACGCGCCCCUGGAUAUCGAAUUCAUCAGCUCCGGCUGCUUGCCGCUUGCGCACUGCCUAACGAUGACCACAUGCUGCCACGUCCCGACGCCAGCCGAUUUCGGCGGCGGCUCCAAGGGGUGGUUCGUGUAUCCCAACAGCUUGUGGACCUCUACGUCACCCCGCCAUUUUCCUACGCUCAAUAAACAUCUUUUCAAAGUG